AUGGGUAAAGCCAAGAAGACAAGAAAGUUUGCGUUAGUAAAGCGUACAUUGAAUGCGAAGAAAGAUCAGAGAGUGAAGGCAAAUCAAGAGAAGAAACAGCAGCAGGAAGAUCCAGAACUCACAAGGAACAUACCACAAGUGUCGAGUGCACUUUUCUUUCAAUAUAAUGAAGCUAUCAAGCCUCCAUACCAAGUGUUAAUCGAUACAAAUUUCAUAAAUUUUUCCAUUCAGAAAAAAAUUGAUAUUGUAAGAGGGAUGAUGGAUUGUUUACUAGCCAAAUGUAAUCCGUUGAUCACAGACUGUGUCAUUGCAGAAUUAGAAAAACUAGGCCCAAAAUACAGAAUUGCACUGAAAUUGGCUCGUGACCCGCGAAUCAAAAGACUGAGUUGCUCACAUAAAGGCACCUAUGCAGAUGACUGUAUAGUAAACAGAGUGCUGCAACAUAAAUGUUACAUUGUAGCCACGAACGAUGCCGGCCUAAAACAGAGAGUGAGAAAAAUCCCAGGUAUCCCAUUAAUGAGUGUUGGUGGACACUCAUACGUCAUUGAGAAAUUACCUGACGUCUUUUAG